AUGCACGGCUCCGCGUCGAGCACUGCGCCACCAAGCUUGGUGUUGAACGGCACUUUGCACAUGACGGGAAAGUCCCAAGCAAUCACGGCAAGUUCGAAGCGCGCCAUCACGCCCGAUACAUCCGUACGGGGGACCGACUCCAAUCUCAAGGCUCUGCAGAUGCUUACCAAGCGCUCCGGGGAGCACUCGCCACCUUUCGUCAUUAUCGAUCAAAGCAUCGACGAGGAUGCCAGGACGUAUUGGGUUCGCGUUUGGUCCGUAGGCCCGCGCAACGCACACGCAUAUCGAUGGGUUCGAUGGACAAAUUCCAAUCGCGACGGCAAGCACCUUUUCCACACGAUCAUGAAGCUGCAUCAUCCCCUUGCGCUGCGUCGUCGCAGCCAAGAUUGGGGCUUGCACAACCUUGGAGUCAUGAUCCCAUUGCGUAAUUUGGAGGAUCCGGUCCAAAUUCGUUGGCUGCGCAAUACGCGCCAGGCCGUGCCCGUCGGUAGUGCGGAACGUAUCAGUCUGGAAGCCAAGCUGCAAAGACGCUUUCGCAUCGAUCGAAACGUAUUCAGUGUUGUUGUUCAAAGUGUCGGAGAGCGCAACGCCGAAAAUUUUAGGGACGUACACUUUCUCGCUGCUGAUGGCCCUGGCCACGCUGCGCUGGAGACGUCCAUUCGCGUUUUUCAUCCACCGCCGCCCGGCACUGCAGAUCAAAGCAGCACGCGACUUUUUUCGCGAGCCGUGAUUCGAGACCCGGUCCUCGGGGAGACGAUCCCCCUCAGACCGCCCGGCACGCCAGCAUACGUGCACUGGAGCCAAGAAGCAACAAAUGUGGUGCCGUAUUACCAUCCCGAGUGGAAUGCGCUCAAGGAGAAAAUUUUGAACCACGUCAAUCAAGAUCCCAUGAUCCACCGAGUCGUCGUCGAGUCGGGCCUCGCGAGGCUGGACAUGCACGACAAGCGCGCCUGGGCGCUUCACGUUCUGAUGGUCCACAGCGCAGGGAGCAAGCGCAGGUGUGGCGAGCUCGAUGCCGCGAUCCAGAGCAGUCAAAUACACCUGAUGUUGCAGAAUCAGGGCGGUGGCAAAUAG